GGUGCCAAAUUCAUUUUGUUUUUGGUGACAAUGGUGCCAAAUUCUGUCCUUUCCCUUGAUUUAUUUACCGUUGAUUUGUUUUAACUUUUUAACCCCAAAUCCUUUUUACUACUUACCAAAAUUUACCCCCGCAACUCCCGCGCCCUCAAUUUCCUAUUCUCUCCUUCUUCUUCUUCUUCUUCUUCAAUUUUUUCUCCUCUCAAUUUCUCCAUCAAUUCUUCCGUUCCGAUCCCAUCUUCGCCAAAGGCUCCUUCCGUCUUCUCUCCUUCUCCUUCUCUUCAUCAUCACCCGCAAGAAAAAAUUAAUUUACACAUAUAUAUAUCGGGUAAUUGAUGGCGACGAAGUCCAAGGAGAGCGCCGGGAAGAAGGAUGGCGGGAACAAGAAGGUCACAACCACCACCGCCACAACGCGGACGACGGCCACCUCCCACCGGCAACCCGGCCGCAACUCCGCCUCCGCAUCGCCGCCGACCUCCUCCGCGCGACCCGUCCCCAGCUACCUGAAGCCCACGGCGAGCUCCAGGCCCGACCCCCAAUCCAAACUCACAGCAGGCCUGAAGCCCACGACGAGCUCCAGGCCCGACUCCCAAUCCAAACUCACAGACCAGAAGGCCUCGGCAGCAGUACUCCGAAGGAGAUCGUUCGACAGCAGGCCCAUUCCUUCCUCCGCCGCCGCUUCCCGAACACAGAGAUCCCUAAUUUCUCCCGAUCCCGCCGCCGCCCGCUCCGCCGCGCGCGCCCCGCUCCGGACAUCCUCUUUCACCCCUAAAACCACCGCCGCCGCCGCCGCCUCCUCCUCGAGGCCCACCUUCGAGAGAAGCGCCACCUCUAUCCGGCCCACGGCCGGGAGCAGAUCGAUCGCCGCUCUCGUGGCGGCGAACGCCAAGAAAAGAAGCGCCAGCCCUGCCAGGAGGAGAGCGGCGGCGGUUAGUACCGACACCACCGCCACCGCGAGUCGCGGUGGCGUCGGGAAAAGUACGAGAGGUGGUGGGAGUACUACUAGUAGGGGUAAUGGUAGAACUAUUGGCAGAGGUGGUAAGGCGGCGACGAGAGGGAAAAUAUCUGGUUCUUCUGGUAAGAACGAUAGCAAUCAGAACAACGAGGAUGUGAACGAGAGUUUGGAUAACGAGAUCCAGCAGGUGAGCGAUCACGAGUACCUGAUCAGCGAAGACGAUCAGAGCGUUAACCUCGACAAUUUGGAGAUCGAGUCUGCUGGGAGCCCCGAUGUUUCCUUAUCUCCCACACCCUUUGACAAAAACGUUACUAGUGUUAACGACGUUGUUGCUAUUGUUGAAGAUCGUGAUGAUAGUGGUGAUCUUGAUCAAGGUAGUAUUGACAGUAUUGACAAUGUUGAUAAUGGUCCAAAGGGAGAAAGUGAAGAGGAUGAUCAGAAGGUCUUGUGUUCGAAUGACAGUGUAGUUGCGGGAAAACAAGAAGAUUUGGAAGAUGAGGAGGAGGAGGAUAAAGAGGUGCUUGAGAACAAUGGUGGAGAGAGGGAUGAAGAUCAUCAUGUCAAACUCGAAGAAGGGAAAACAAUGGUGGAUGGGGUCCAAGAAGGAGAUGGCGAUUCAGACGAUCAAGAAGUGCACGUAGAUCGCGAUCGCGAGGAGCAGGAGAAGGAGAAGCAGGACGAGGUACAAGAAGAAGAAGCAGUUGUUGUUGUGGAAGACGUGAGGAAGGAACAAGAGGCAGGAGAUUCGAGCAAGGGGAAGAAAGAGUCGCCUCCGGCUUACAACGACGUAAUCGAGGAGACGAAGAACAAGCUGAUGGAGAAGAGGAGGAACAAGGUGAAGGCAUUGGUGGGUGCUUUCCAGACUGUUAUCGACUACGAAUCUGCCGGCACUUCUUCUACCUCUCCUUCAAAGUCGACCUAAUCAUUUUUUAAUCUCCUCUCCUCUUAUGUAUGUUUUUAUCGAUCGCUCUAAUUGAAUCGUUGUAUAUCAAAUACAAAGAUCGGAUCUUAUACCAUUUUCGUAACAUUAAUAAACAUGUCUCGUGUUACGCUACGAAGAGAAAUUGGAGCGAUUAAAUUCAAUCAUCCGAAACUAAUUGAGUUUGCAGUAACCCAACUCCAGAGAGACCUGCCUCUGCAGCAACAAGUCCCGCCGGAAAUUCGCGAUGAAUCGCUCCGAUCUCUUGUCGAUAUCGUCCUGAUCCAAGCUGCAAGUUCGAUCCAGGACUCCACCUCCGUUAUUAACACUGGACCUGUGAUGGUCGUGAUCAUGAUCCUCCGUUAGCUCCGUGUAGCCUUGGAGCCCAACCAGCCUCUCGUUGAAGCUCAAAAACCUGCGCUGCUGCUGCUGCUGCCGCCGCCUCCUCCGUCGUUGAUGAAUUGAACUUAUCAGCUCCCAUCGCCUGAUUAUCCCGAUGCUGAAUAAGAUGAAGUUGAUCUUCUUCACCGCCUUCCUCAGCCGUCCAACCACCGACCACCCGCCGCCGCUGAUUCUUCGUCUCGGCUCCAUGAUCAAAUGAGAUGAUCAUAAUUGUGAAUCCUCUGUUUUGGUAUAUAGAGGGAGGGAGAAACUUAGCUAGCAAGGUAAGUUAUAAAUUUAUAAUUAAGGCUCGGGAUUAACGAGAGAGAAAGAGAGAGCUGAUGGAUGAUUGGUUGGGGUUGGGGGGGAUUAGUGUUUGGAGUUAAGCAACAACUGACCACCAUUGUUGAAUAAUAAUGCAAUUAGGA